ACUGGAUCUGUAAAAUACAGAUCGGAUUUUGGUUCUGUAACUUACAGAUCGAUUAAUUAUACGAAUGUUAUCAAUGUUAUUGGUGACAAUUUUGAUACUGAAUUGUUUAUUUAAUUAUUUGUUUUGACUCAAUAAUUAAAUAUUUUCAUUUUUCAUUGUUUCUUUUUAAAAUUAAUAAUCAAUGGAUUCGUCGGCUUCAUCUUCAUCUAGUGAUGAUGAAUUAUUUAUUAUUGAUGUUUUACAAUUGCUACCAAGACCACGAUUUUUUCGAGACAGGUCUAAUCCACUGGCAGAUUAUGAUGAUGUAAAUUUUAAACUAAGAUUCAGAUUGUCAAAACUUAUGUUCAUGGAUCUACUUGACAUGAUAAGCAACAAUAUAACUCAAAAUACACUACGAAAUGUGUCACUGUCACCAAUACUACAGCUUCUAAUAGCCCUGAGAUAUUAUGCUACAGGUGCUUUUCAGACAGUUUUAGGUGAUCAUAUACAUGUCCACAAAUCCACAGUUUGCCGUGUCAUUAAAAAAGUUUCUGAAGCUAUUGCACUUCUAAAACCUAAAUAUAUAAAAAUGCCAAGAUCACAAACUGAAAUCAACUUAGCACAAGAUGAUUUCUUGUUAGCACGUAAUUUUCCAAAAGUUAUUGGUGCAAUUGAUUGCACGCACAUAAAAAUUCAGUCACCCAAUAGUGACAUCGGAGAGAAAUUCCGAAAUAGAAAAGGAUUCUUUUCUAUUAAUGUACAGGCAGUGUGUAGUAGCCAUAUGCAAUUUAUAAAUAUUGUAGCUAGAUGGCCUGGUUCAGUUCACGACUCGACAAUUUUUGACAAUUCAUUAUUACGAGCACAGUUUGAAAAUAAUGAAUUUGGAAAUUCCGUGCUCGUAGGAGAUGGAGGUUACGCUUGUAGAAAUUAUAUGAUGACACCACUUGGAAAUCCUACAAGUGAUUCAGAACUACGAUAUCAGAAAGCUCAAAUUGGUACUAGGAAUGUCAUAGAGAGAACAUUCGGUGUAUGGAAGAGGCGGUUCCCAGUUUUAUCUCUAGGAAUACGAACACAAAUACAGACUACUCUUACCACAAUUAUUGCUACCGCAGUGUUGCACAAUAUGUUAAUUGCAGCAAAUGAACCACUGGUUAUAGACGAUGAAACACUACUUACUGCUGAUAUGGUGGAUCAAGUUCCAGUAUUGCCUGUUCGACAAGUUGGUAAUGCAGUACAAAGACAUUUAAUUGAAACUGUGUUCAAUUGAUUGUAUUAACAAAUAUUUUGAAUAAAAUGAAUAAUUUGAUAGUAAAAA